AUGGCCACUCAAGCAACAAAUCAAGGGAGAGCAGCAAGCACCAAAGACUGGUCAGCAGCGCAGUAUCUCAAGUUCGCCGAGCAGCGCACUCGACCCUCACGCGACCUCAUUGCCCAAGUCCCUCUGGCAUCGCCAAAGCGCAUCAUCGAUGUUGGAUGCGGUCCUGGAAACUCGACAGAGGUGCUUGCAAAACAAUGGCCAGACGCCCAUAUUCUGGGCAUGGACUCGUCUCCCAACAUGAUUGAAACCGCACGCAAGGCGCUGCCCAACCUAGACUUCACUGUGGCUGACUUGCACACUUAUACGCCAGAGGGGCCGGUCGACCUCAUCUUUUCCAACGCCGUUUUCCAGUGGAUAGACUAUGAGCAUCGGAUUCCCAUUCUCAGACGGCUGCUUGCAUCUCUUCAGCCUGGAGGCGUCUUGGCAUUCCAAGUCCCCGACAACCACACUGAGCAGUCUCACAAGGCUAUGCGUGCGGUUGCUGAGAACGGCCCUUGGUCAGAGACACUUGGACGUCUGAAGCCUUCUCUCGGACCUUUCCAGACGCCAUUUGAGCUCUACAACGGCUUAAAGCCUCUAUGCUCGUCAGUUGAUCUAUGGCACACCUACUACCAGCAUCCGCUGGGCGGUCACCAGGAAAUCGUUGAAUGGGUCAAGGGAACAGGAUUGAGGCCGUUUAUUGAUCCCCUUGAACCGGAGCAGAAGGAGGGAUUUCUGGCGGCGUACCUGGAGAAGCUGAAGGAACUUUAUCCUCUUUGCGAUGAUGGCAGUGUUUUGUUGCGAUAUCCUCGCCUGUUCCUGGUUGCAGUUCGCGCCUGA